CUUCUCUCUUCUUCUCGUCCGGUGAAGAAGUCCUCCGGCAACAAAAUACUUAGGAAGAAGAAGAGAGUAGUAAAUACUGAGAAUGGAAAGCUUGGACACUAAUUUUCCUGUGCGGCAUAGAAAGGUCUCCUUUGAAAGUAAGGGAAACAAGACUGAGAUUGUGAUCUGCAGCUAUGAAGAUCAUAUCCUUGUCAUAGCAACACAGAUUGGAGCCAUGGGAACUAUAUUGCACGCGAGGAAGGAAGAAGGGAUGUCUGUUGAACCUACAUUUAGUGUUUCAGUGAUAUUCGGAAAGCGAGAUGAGCCAAUGCUGACAGCAACUGCUCGAAGACUCAUCGAACACAUAAGUUCUAGUGUUCCCUCCAAGCCUCUGGUUCUCUCACUGGGUCUCAAAGAUCAUUCUUCGGAGACGUUGAAGGACAUAGUUGCGACUGUGAUUGAGAAUCGCAUUUGGUGAUACAGUUUUGCAACAAUUUAAAGGAUUCGAUGUUCCAUGUUAUUUAAGUUCUUGCUUGAUAUAAUUAUCAAGGGGAUUUGGACAAGGACAUGUUAAUUCUUUCUUAUAAGACAUUAUAAACAACCACAAUCACA